AUGGUUCGAAAAGCUCCCCUACAUGGCAUACGAGUGCUUGAGUUUGCGGGACUAGCACCAGGGCCCUUUGCUGGCUUGCUUUGUAGCGAUUGGGGUGCUACGGUGCUUAGAGUGGACAGGCCGACAUCUUCCAGCGGCGGCCUCAACUCCAAAGACCUUCUGACACGAAGAAAGAGCUCCAUUGUCGUUGACCUCAAGACUACCGAUGGUAUUAGGACCAUUAGAGACAUCAUCAAACAUGUCGACGUCGUCAUCGACCCCUUCAGGCCAGGAGUCUUGGAGAAGCUGGGCCUUGGACCUGCGGAAUUAGCAUCGCUCAACCCGAGGCUGAUCUUAGCCCGAAUGACAGGAUUCCGAAGGGAUGGCAAGUAUCGCAACAUGGCUGGCCAUGAUAUCAAUUAUGUGGCCGUGUCAGGCGUUUUGUCCAUGCUGGGCCCGUCAGAUGGAGUGCCAUCCCCUCCCAUGAACCUGCUGGGAGACUUCGCCGGCGGCGGUCUGGUCUGCUUUCUCGGCAUAGUUCUGGCCCUGUUGGAACGCACCACCUCAGGACGCGGCCAGGUCGUGGAGGCCAACAUGGUGGAUGGCAGUGCAUUCAUUGCCACAUCUCCGAGGCUGAACAUGAAGACGUCGCUGUGGAACCGAGAUCGCGGCACAAAUCUCUUGGAUGGCGGCUGCCCUUACUACGCAGUGUACGAGACAAAGGAUUCGGGAUACAUGGCAGUAGGUGCUCUCGAGCCACAAUUCUUCGCCAUCCUCGUGGGGAAGCUGAAACCCUAUGGGCUACAAUAUCCUCCAGACAGGGAGGAUCGAUCCUCGUGGCCUGAGUUACGAGACCAGUUGGCGAAGAUCUUCAGAUCCCAAUCACGGGCACAUUGGGAAUCGAUUUUCGACGAGACUGACGCUUGUGUCACUCCUGUUCUCACGCAGCAGGAACUCGAGGCAUCCCGAUACGAGCAAAGACCUAUUGUCAGGCUAGAUACGUCUCCAGCGCUUCCCAAUAAUAUCCCUGGAUAUGACGGAUACAAAGCUAGCCCUCUGAGGGCUGGACAUGGCGGAGUACAAGUUCUGUCGGAGUGGCUGGGGUGGAAGCAGGGGCUUGACUUUGAUGACACCGACAGGGGAAUAGUCGGGCACGCUACCAAGUCCGCCAAGCUAUGA